AUGCCACGCUUGGAAGAAUGGGAAAUCAAAAAAUAUUGGGAGAUCUUCCAGGGCUUGAAGCCUGAUAAUAACAAACUCACGGGCGAAAAAGUCUCUCCAGUUUUGAAGAAUUCCCGUUUAAAAGAGGAUCAACUCUCGAAGGUAUGGGAAUUAGCCGAUAUUGACGCAGAUGGCAACUUGGACUUCGAGGAGUUCUGCAUUACUAUGCGUCUCAUCUUUGACUUGGUCAAUGGCAAAAUGGAAGAGGUGCCGGCCGAAUUGCCAGGUUGGUUGAUUCCACUGUCGAAAGCACAUUUAAUCCAAGCAAACAAGGCUGUGGCCAGCGGCUCCAAUUCCGGAGGCAUGGCCUACUCCAGUGACGAAGAUGACCAACUUUCUGAUGAUUUCGAUUGGUAUAUCUCCCCAACGGAUAGAUCUACGUAUGAGGCUAUCUACGAGUCCAACUGUGACACAUAUGGCCGCGUUCGCUACGACCUGCUUAAUGGCCUUUAUGAGACACUCAAAAAUGUUCCCAAGGCAGAAAUAUCUUCAGCAUGGAACCUUGUGAAUCCAAAAUCGUUUGAGACCAUCGACAAGGAUCAAGUGUUGGUGUUACUCCACAUUCUCAACCAGAGAGAAAAUGGCAAGAGAAUCCCGCGUGGUGUUCCGGCAUCUUUACGUGCAACUUUCUCAAAAGAAGUCCCUAAAUAUGACAUCAGCUCAUCAUCGAAUAUUAAGACACAGCCUGAACCUCGCGCGGAUGACAAGAAAGCAUUUGGCACCAAUUACCUCAACAAGAUAGGCAGAAGUCAACUGUCCGAAAAGGGCACAGAUUUUUCUCAAACUGAGGGUACUGACUGGGAGGAGGUACGCUUACGUCGAGAAUUGGCGAAUUUAGAGGAGCUUUUAGACAAAGCGCAGAAAGAAAAGGACAACGUCAACUCCUCAGACACACCGAUCAUUAAGCAUGAAUUUGAGCAGCUACUCAAAUACAAACAGGAAAAAUUAGACACAGCUAAGCGUGCCAAUACGGGCUCAAAAGAUUUAAGCGACGUCCAAAGCGAUAUCGACUUGAUUUCUUCUCAGGUGAAGUCUUUACAAGGAUAUCUCGAAGGACGUGAACAAGAAUUGGCCCAAUUGAAGAGCCAGCUUAGCAACCACUGA